AUGAACCCGUAUGAUAUGCCACCGGCUUUUUGCAAAGCUCAGACGUUCAUCAUAUACUAUUCUGCUCUCUCCGUGACUGGAGUAUGUGCCGCCUUCACGAUGGCGACGACACGCGCUGUGGUGUGGCCGUCCUCUGUUAUAAUGACCGCUUCCUCGACGUUGGUAUGGCGAAACCAAUAUCUCUUACCCAUCGUCGUGUUUCCGCUCGGUGCACUUGGUGUCGCCAUUCCCGUCCUACUAUCCCUUCACGCCAUCCAACCCACAGAUGAUCUCCACUGCGACGCUACUCAUCCCAUAUGGGGACGAUUCUUAGGCUAUGCGGGCAUAUCCAUGAUCCUCACGAUUCCAUGUUUCUUCCUGUCUGCAGCAGCAGCCCGCUACGUAUUCAAAGUGCACACGGUGCAUCGAGAGCUUUUCAAGUUCACAGCUCCACCUUCGCAUUAUCUGUCAGCAGCUGAAAUUAGGGAGGUCAAUAUCACUGAACCUUCCGAGCAAAAAAAUGGGCCUUUGCCGGCUAUACCCGACUCGGAUGUGAGUCUCAAGUCCGCGGACUUCAGGAAUAGAAACCAUUUGAUGGACGACCACUUGCCAAGGAGAGAUAUGAUGCCUCGUGUUGAUGAGAUGGAUAAUGCCGCGGCUAUGUCAAAUGAGGUUUAUCCCCCGCGGGCUGAAUUUUCUCCCUCUUCCUUAUCCACAUCGACUCGGACUUCGCCAAAGCGCUUGUCGGAAACAUCGCAAUGGGACGAAUCUCAGAUACGCGACCAGCGAGCGUGCAUUGCCGUGCCCGUUGAAGAAUGUACAAUGACGCUUCCGAUAUCAAGUGAGUCGUUACUUCGCCUGGUACCCUGGUGUACACAGAGUCUUGCACCUGCGAUAUGGAGGCUCAUUCUUUUCCAAAUGGCGUUCUUUAUUACCCAAUUUCUGGCCGCGCUUUCGACUAUCAUCGAUGUAGCGAGCCAUCGCCAAUAUCCAUCGCCUUUUGGGACGCAACAUGUAGCGUUAGUACUGGUGGGAUGGGGACCGUCGAUAGUGUUUGGCCACCUUCCAGCAGUCCGCCGUAGAUUGCAGUUCUGGCGACGUCCAGACUCGAGUACGAACUGCGGCUAA